UCAGAACGCAAUUCUUUUCGAUAUUUUGCCAUGCGGACCUGGAUCCUCCCUGGAAGAGCUUAAAUUAAUCAUAUCAUGUGCUCAUUACUUGAGGGCCAAUUUUGGUGAAGGAAGCGCCGGUGUAAUAGCCACUGCUGAGACCGAACUUAUCAGACGCUUAUACCAGUGCUGGGAGCACGCUUAUUUGGAAACGGUGCUUGAAUUUUUGGACAUCUCUCAGAAGUACGCACUAAAGAAUUUACGAGAGCUUGCCCUGAAUGUGGUCGCAGAUCGACACUACGUCGCAUUCAGGUUACCCCCUUAG